AUGAAACUGAAUGAAGGGAAUACUGGAAAGAUUAUUUUAGAGUUUUGUAUUGGAAUGAUAGUGAAUGAAUCCUGUCACUGGGGACGAUGUAUUGGUGACUGUGGUUCAGGUGGUGUUCAGAGCCGAGUUGUAUGGUGUGUACACUCAGAAGGCUGGACAACCCAUCAUUCAAACUGUGAACAAAGUGAUAGACCUGAAUGCCAGAGGAGUUGCUUUAAAAUAUGUGAUUGGCACCUUGAACUCUUUGAGUGGGAAGUUUCAGAAUGGAGCAUAUGCGUUCUAGUCCCUUUUGCCCACGGUGAAGUCAAACCAAGGACUUCAGACUGUGUAACUGCACAACAUGGAUUACAGCACAGAACUGUGCAAUGCAUACAAAAGUUGAAUAGAACAGUGGUUGUGAAUGAGAUUUGUGGAUAUUUUAUUCCUCAGCCAUCAACGGAACAAGCCUGUCUAAUACCUUGCCCACGAGAUUGCGUCAUAUCCGAAUUUUCUUCCUGGUCUGAAUGUAGCAAACAUUGUGGAAAAAGUAUACAGCAUAGAACCCGUUUCAUUAUUGCUCCUCCACUGUACGGUGGAAACAAAUGUCCAAAUCUCACUGAGUCCAGGGUCUGUGAGGUUUCCAUGUCUUGUCCUCAUGAGGAAGAGGAAUAUUCCUACAGUCUUAAAGUCGGACCUUGGAGUAAAUGCCGGCUGCCUCAUCUGAAAGAGCUUAACAUGGUUGGGAGAACUAUCCUGGAUUUCAGCUCAGAUUCAGUAGAGCGAAGCACUUUUAAGCUUGAAAUGGUUGAAAAUUUGCAACAUUCUCACAAAUUUAGAUCCCACUACAGUUCCAGGGCUUGGGAUAUAGAAAUUGGUUAUCAAACAAGGCAGGUGAGGUGUACAAGAAAUGAUGGGAAAAAUGCUAUAUUGAGCCUUUGUAUGCAAGAAGCCAUCCCUUUGACCUUUCACUCCUGCAUUAUGCCUAAAGACUGUGAAACAUCAGACUGGUCUUCCUGGAGCUCCUGUUCAAAGACUUGUUACUCAGGGGAUCUCUCACCAGGAUUCCGCCACAGAAGAAGGAUUAUAAAGCAUGUUGCUCUUGGAGCUGGGAGGGAGUGUCCUGAAACGGAAGAGAGGGAAGCCUGCAAUACCGGUGGUGGAGGAAAACAUCUUCCGCCUUGCCCAAGAUAUUCAUGGAAAACCUCUGAAUGGAAGGAAUGUGAUGUUUCUCUCCUGUUGGAAAGACAGGACCCUCGACUUGAUAAACACGCAUCAUCCCUCUGUGGAGGUGGGAUACAGAUCCGCGAGAUCUACUGUGCCCAGACAACUUUGGAGGAAAUGCACAAGUCAAAGGAAGUGACUAGACCUGCGGAAAAGAAGCUUUGCCUUUCUCCUGCUCCUCCUGCGUCUCAACUGUGUAGCAUUCCGUGUCCUCCUGAGUGUGUUGUUUCUUCCUGGUCAGCAUGGGGCCCUUGCGUUCAUGAAGACUGCCAAGAAAUUCCAGGAAGAAAAGGUUUCAAAAUGAGGCACAGAUACAUUGUUGUGGAUUCCAUUGGUAAUUCUGAGAACUGCCCACAUUUGAUAGAGGCUAUUCCGUGUGACAAUCCAAUCUGUUAUGACUGGAGCAUUUCAGAAGGAAACUGUUUCCCUUAUAAUGGAAUAUGUGGACAAGGAAACCGUGUAUUGUAUGCCCAAUGCAAGAACAACAAUGGUGAGGAUGUAGCUGAUGAUUUUUGUGCUGAUUCUCCAUCACCUUCUAAAACAACAACUUGUGAAGUACCCUGUGGAAUGGAUUGUGUUGUGACGGAGUGGUCACAAUGGUCACCUUGUUCUCACUCCUGUUCCAAUAAAAAUUCAGAGGGCAGGCAAAGCAGAACAACAUCUGUACUGGCAUUACCAGGAGAAGGUGGAAAGCCUUGUCCUCCUCCUUCAUCACUCCAGGAGUAUCGACUGUGUAAUGAACAUUCUUGCAAUCAGCUAUACUGGGAAACCUCUGCAUGGAGUCUCUGUUCAGAAAAUGCCUUACUAACAACUCUGAAUACUACUACCAGUUGGAACAACAAGGCAACCUGUGGAGUUGGAGUACAAACUAGGAGGGUCUUUUGUGUGAAAAAUAACUCUGGCCAGGUCCCAGCUAAAAGGUGUCCAGAGUCCAUCAAGCCAGAAACCGUCCGUCAGUGCCCGCUCCCAUGUAAGAAAGAUUGUGUAGUGACCCCCUUCAGUGAAUGGACACGCUGCCCUACCACCUGCCAACAUGGGAAUGCCACUGCAAAAAAACAGUCCCGCUACAGGAUCAUCAUUCAAGAUGCAAUUAAUGGAGGGUCAGAAUGCCCGGACACCUUAUUUGAAGAAAGAGAGUGUGAAGGCAUCCCACUUUGUCCCACUUACAGUUGGAAAGUCCACAAAUGGAAUCACUGCUUAUUGGUGCCUGAUUCAGUAAGGCAAGGUGUAUUGGGAAUCAAUGAGGCAUGUGGGCCCGGUUUGCAAUCAAGAGUUGUGACAUGCACCUUGGAAGAUAAUCAUUCAGUAGAUGCCAGUGAAUGCUUGAAGUGGGCAGGACCGAUGCCUUCCCUUGUCCAGGAUUGCUCAGUGCCUUGCAAAGAUGACUGCAUGUUUACUCCUUGGUCUAAAUUUACAGCAUGCACUUCUGAUUGUGAAUCAACACGGACCAGAAGAAGAACUCUCACAGGAAGAAGCAAAAAGCGAGACAAGUGCCAGAAUACCGAAGUCUAUCCUCAGCUUGAGACGGAACUCUGCCCUUGUGCAAUAUUUACCUCCCAGCCUUAUGGAAAUUGGUCAGAAUGCAUAAUUGCGGUAGGAAGAACAGAACUGCAGGUAGAGAUGAGAUUUCAGAGACAUGCCAAAGAAUGUGGAGAAGGUGUGCGCUUCCGAGCACUUGCCUGUUAUGAUAAGACCGGCAGAGUUGUGGAUCCCUCUCAGUGCAACCACUCAGGUUAUAUUGAACAACCUUGCACUGUACCUUGUCCAUUUGACUGCAAAUUAAGUGACUGGUCUGACUGGUCUCCUUGUAGUUCAUCGUGUGGGACAGGAGUGAAAAUUCGGUCCAGGUGGCUUAAGGAGAAACCAUACAAUGGAGGGCGUCCUUGUCCAAAACUGGAUCCAAAGAAUCAGGCUCAGGUGUACGAGGCAGUUCCCUGUUACAGUGAGUGUAAUCAGUAUUCCUGGCGAGUAGAACUGUGGUCUCAAUGUGAAAUCAGCAGUGCACAAAAUUCCCUCCACUGUGGAGAAGGAAUACAAACGAGACAAAUCAGAUGUAUAAACACCACUGAAGGUGGAGAUGGUGAACCUGUACCUCUUGUGUUUUGUAAUGAGUCCAAAGUUCCUUUGGAAAAACAGAAAUGUAUCCUCUAUUGUCCUAAUGAAUGUGUGGUGUCUGAAUGGAGUCACUGGAGUCAAUGCCCAGAGCGAUGUGAUCCUAGUAUGAUGCAAACAAGAACUCGACAUAUACUACGAAGGCCUUUAAAACCCAAGACCUGCCCUGAAAGUGCACAGCAGAGGCCUUGUAUUCUGAAUCAAAAUUGUUUUCAGUAUAGUUACAAUUUAACAGACUGGAGCACAUGCCAGCUAAAUGAAAAUGCAGCAUGUGGAGAAGGGAUUAGGAAUCGCCUUCUAAGCUGCAUUCGCAGUGAUGCAAAAGCUGUGAACAUGAACCACUGCGAGCAGCUGAAUCUGGAAACACCCACCAGAAUGACUGCCAACUGCAUGGUAGAAUGUGUAGUGAACUGUCUGGUUACGGAAUGGACUGCUUGGUCGGAAUGUUCACAAACUUGUGGUCUUGCAGGUCAGACGCUCCGUACCCGAUCUAUAAUUAUGGAAGUCCAAGGGGAAGGAAGACCUUGCCCAGCUGAUCUUACUCAGUUCCGCAGUUGUGUUGCAAAACCCUGCUAUAGCUGGGUUCUUGGAGAGUGGUCCCCAUGCAGAGUUGAGGGUGGACAAUGCGGAAAUGGAAUCCAGAUACGAAACCUCCUGUGUGUGGUACAUGAUGGCAUGUCAACAUCAACAUUUAAGCAAGUUGAGAGCACCCUGUGUGAAGAGCUUCCCCCUAAAGAGAAUUUGCUUCAACUUCCAUGUUCUGUCCCUUGUCCAGGUGACUGUCAUUUAUCCGAGUGGUCAGAGUGGAGCUCUUGUGAAUUAACAUGCAUCGAUGGCAGGAGCUUUGAGAGUGUGGGUCGUCAGUCUCGAUCAAGAACAUUUAUAAUUCAGGCUUUCGAAAAUCAAGACAGCUGUCCUGAACAAGAAUUGGAGACCAGGCCUUGCUCAGGAGGAAAAUGCUAUAAUUAUGUAUGGAAAACGAGUCUUUGGCAAGAUAAUGAACGCACAGUGUGGUGCCAGCGUUCUGACAGGUUGAAUGUUACAGGGGGCUGCUCUAUGCAGUUACAGCCAGCUACAACCAGGUAUUGCAACCCAGCCUGCAAAAAACCUUUCUCGUACUGUACACAGGGUGGCAUCUGUGGUUGUGAGAGAGGCUACACUGAAAUCAUGAGAUCAAAUGGUUUCCUGGAUUACUGCAUGAAGAUACCUGGUUUAGCAGAUAAGAAAGCCGAUGUUAAAACAAAUGCUGCCAAGCAUAAGCCUAUCAAUUCCAAAAUGCAUGACAUCUUCAAAGGAUGGUCAAUUCAGCCUUUUAAUGCAGAUGGAAAACUUAAAAUUUGGGUAUAUGGCGUAUCAGCUGGCGGGUUUCUCAUUAUAGUUUUCCUAAUCUUCACCUCAUAUCUUCUUUGCAAAAAACCAAAACAGCCACAACAUACUUCUCCGCCGCAGAAGUGUCUGACUUUAGCCUACGAUGGAGAUGUUGAUAUGUAAGAUGGAAACCACCCAAAUGUAGACAUUGACUGCCUUAACUGCUGUCCCCCACCCCUGCCUCUUUUGAUACAAGAUUCCAGCUGAUGAGUUUGGGUUUUAUUUUUGUUCUUCAGGAGAAUCUGGCAUCUGAAAAAAUUGGGCAGAAUAUAACUUCCAAACUUGACCGGUUUUACCUUUUAGCAUAUCUGAAACAUGGUAUAUCUUUACGACUCUUCCCCAGAGGGGACCUCAGAAUUACAUCUUUUCCUUUUUAACCAUAGGAAUAAGGACAAAUGAGAAGUUCUAUAGUCUUCUACUGAUUCUUUUUUUUUUUUUUAAUUUUUGAAAGCAUGACAAUCCUGUUUGGGAAGGGGAGCUAAACUUACAUUUACUGUAAAGGACAAACUGGACGCUGCAUCAUUAUGCACUAUAUUAGUGCAAAGUUUCUUUCUUCUUCGCCACUUUCAUCUUAUGAGUUUUCCAGAGUUUAUAUUUGAGUUACACGAGAAGCUAUCGAAAAAUCUGGAAUUUCUUGAUUUCCAGACUGACUUAAGUUUCUUAGAUCACAAAAUAAUCUGACUUCCCUUCCGCCAAAGGAGAUAACAAUAAACCAGAAAUUUUGCAACAUAUACUCCAAGCCAUUUUCUAUUCUUGAGAAGGUUUUUUUUCUUUCUUCCUUGUUGGACAAAUGUAUUAAUGACUAAGGAAGUGAGAAGAGUGUUAUUUUAAAUUGGUAUCAAGCCAUUUAGGUAUAUUUGAAACGUUAAUUCAGUCAGUUAAUAUACAUUUCUGCUUUUGUAAUUUAAAUUUUAUUACCUGCAAUUAUUUAUGAUUUUUUUUAAAAAAAAAUGUUUUCUGACUUUAUUUAUUACACACACAGAGAUACACACAAACAAGCUGUUUGUACAAGAUCUUGCUUUUUAAAAAAGUUUACAAGUCUACAUUUGGAACAUCUUGAAGAAGAUAUGUAUAUGUAGUAGUAAAUGUUGCAAGUACGAAAGUGCCAUCUUGUGGUAUUGACAUGUAUUUAUACAUAAAUAAAAAAAACUAAAGGGUGUGCGGAUGUUGAUGCAAAUGCAUUGCAAUGUCUGUUAUUAAAAAAGAUUUUGCAUUUCAUCCUUGGAGAUCAGAGCCUAAUCAAACUAUAAUUAUGAGCAAACUUUGAGAA